AUGGAGGCACUGGAAGAUGCUGAACUCUGCUUUCCCCAACUCAACAACUCCUGUAGGAAGACAACUCUUCCUCAUUCGAAGGCUGCGCUCAUUUACACUGUGCUGUCUGGCAUCACUCUGCUCAUUGUGGUUCUUAACCUGCUGGUCAUCAUCUCUAUCUCAUACUUCAGGCAGCUCCACACCACCACCAACCUCCUCCUCCUCUCUCUGGCUGUUGCAGACUUCCUUGUGGGUUUUGUGCAGAUGCCAACUGAAAUCCUGCACCUCCAAGGCUACUUGAACCUGGGUGAUUUCAUAUGCGCUUUGCAUUACUUUGCGAGUUUCCUCAUAGUCAGUGUUUCAGUGGGAAGCAUGGUGCUCAUAUCAGUUGACCGUUAUGUGGCUAUUUGUGAUCCAAUGUUUUACACCACCAAAGUUACUCUGAAUAGAGCUCGUGCCAUGCGCUCUCAUAUUGCAGCUGUCACGCUCCAGCGUUCAGAGACUGUCAAAGCUAAGAAAUCUGAGAUGAAAGCAGCCAGGACUCUUGGUGUUGUAGUAGUUGUGUUUCUUCUGUGCUCUUGUCCAUAUUAUUGUGUCACUGUUGCAGCUGAGCACAACUCAGUAGGGAUGUCAUCUACAGUGAUUGUGAUUUGGCUGUUAUAUUUUAACUCCUGUCUAAAUCCUGUGAUCUAUGUUUUUUUCUAUCCCUGGUUCAGAAAAUCUAUGAAAUAUAUUAUUACACUUCAGAUACUGAAGCCUGGCUCCUCUGAGGCCAAUUUUAUGUAG